AUGAUAAGCUGGCUAAUUUUGCUCCUUCUCAUUGGAUUAGCAGCUUGUAGAGACAGCAAGGACGGCUUUGAUGAAUUUCUCUCCAUAAAACCUCUACAGGAUGGAAGAGUAGACACUGCAUUCAAUUUCACUAUCAGCGAUCAGGAUAUUUCACCUCACUCUCACCUUUUCCCGCUUCCACUCGUCAACCUCCUCACUUCACCUGAACUCGAUAUCGAUGAGCUUCAUCUGAGUCUGUCAGCGGGUAGAUGGGACUAUGAUAAGUGGCAUUAUCCUACAUUCCCUCAACUGGGCAGCUCCGGUGCAGAAGUCUGGGUGUCACACAAGUCUGACAGAUCGCAAGAGAAAUGGAAUCGUGUCGUACACAGGAUAUCAGGACUAUUCUGCGCAUCACUUAGCACAUCAGAUAACACCAAUCACUUGCUUCUCGAUGAUAAGACAUGGACAUAUGCUCAAAUAUCUUCACAGCUGCCUUGCACAGAGAAUCUUACACCUUUUAUCGCACUGUUGCCUUGCAAAAGCGCUGCUGGAUUGGGUCAAUUACUCAACCCUCACAAGAUAUUCGACGCUGAUUAUCACAGUCUGGCCUUAUCAAUGUUCAAUCAAGGCAGUGGCGCUCGUUUAGAAAUUAAAGUCGAAGCAGUCUUUAAUCCUGCUCGAGUUGAUCAACAAAGGCAGUACUCAACUAAAGCCAUGUUCGAUAGAACAGUCAAACAAAAAUGUGAGUUGGCGGAUAGCAGCAUGGUGUACUUUGGUCUUCCACCUCCGCCUGGUGAAGAACUCAAUCAAGAUGUGUGGGUGGUGCUUCCAGAGGAUCAUGAAGGAGAGGUCAAAGAUGGAACAAUAGAGCUGGACUUGAUGACAACAUCAAAACAACUCGGAUUAGCAUUAAUUUGGCCAUUCCAGGAAACUUUCAUAUAUCCUAGAUACACUACCAAACCCCCUAUACAGAUUCGAAGAGAUCAGAUAGCAGGUCCAGUAGAGGAGACAUUCACGAUGAAAAUAACUAUAGAAAACACUCAGGACGAGGACGCGCAAGUCAGCUACCUGCAAUCAAUACCCUGGCAAGUCAAACCAUGGUUACAUACCUUCAGAAUAUAUGGCGAUAGUAGUAGUGAUUCAACCUCCUUUAAGCACAACCAAGCUAAAGCUGAUAAAGAACCGUAUUCACUCCAAGUAAACACCACACUUGCACCACAUUCAGAAACCAUAAUCGAGUGUAUCUAUCAGCGCCAAUUUCUCAAGUACACAGAUUACGCACCUGACAUUCACCGUGGCAUCGACAUACCACCCGGAUUUAUACGUUUCGAAGCAGACAACAUGACAAAAGUAGCAUACACGACACCAAUGUUGGUUGAUCUAGCAACACCAGACUUUUCAAUGCCGUACAACGUGAUUAUAAUAACCAGCACAGUCGUAGCUCUCUUCUUCGGUAGCGUAUACAACAUACUAGUACGUGACUUCCAAUUAAUUCCUAAGAAAGAAUCAAAAUCAGACUGA